AUGUCUGAUCUCCAGGUAAUUCUUCAUCAGCCACCUCAUGUUGAGGGACAUCCCGGUAGCCCCUCUCGUGGCGGACGACAUCACCGUCAUGGUGGAGGGCAUCAUCAUGAAGAACAUGGUCACGACGGAGUUGGCCGUUGUCAUGUUGGUGGACGUCAUGGGGGCCUUGGUCGUCAUGGUUAUCGCGGAAGGGGACAUCAUGGUGGGCAUGGUCAUGGACCUGGAAAGUUUGGAAAAAUGUUUCGCUACAGAAAUCAUCAUCUUCAUCCACCCUUUGCUGUUCAGGGACACCACGGCGGCCACUGUCAAGGCGGAGGGGCGAAUUCCCAUAUGAUGUGUGGACAUCACAUAGGGCAUGGGCAUGGACCUCAUGGUCACGGUCCUUGUGGAAGGGGGCAUCACGGAGGGCUUAACCUUGGAGGCCGAGGACAUCGUGGUGGGCAUGGGCAUGGUCAUCACAUGAGAGGACAUCACCCACACUGCCAUGGCGGGGAACAUCAUCAUCAUCCAAACUAG